AUGACAUCUGCAAAGUUUCUCUUCUAUCUCACGUGUUUGUUCUUGGGGGAAAUGGCUCAGACGAGCAGCCUGAAAUCCUCCUCUUCUGUUCACCAAGACAGACAUUUUUUAUCAGUUAAAAGUGGGGACAGCGUGACUUUGCAUUGUUCCAGUAAAAGUGAAGGAGCGCCACGGUUUUACUGGUAUAAGCAAACUUUAGGAGAGAAACCAAAGCUCAUUUCUACUUUCUAUAUCUAUGAAAAAAAUGCCACUUUCUAUGAUGAAUUCAAGAGUGAUCCGCGCUUCACACUGGAUACUGAAACAGGUCAAAACCACCUAAUAAUCUCAGAUUUGCACAUUUCUGACUCUGCAACUUACUUCUGUAUAAGUUCCUAUUUAUAUACGUCAACAUUUUCAGAGAGCAUUACAGUCAGUGUUAAAGAUUCAGACUUGAAAAUCAAAGUUUUAGUCGAGCAGUCUGCAUCUGAGACCAUGCAGCCAGGAGGCUCUGUGACUCUGAACUGUACAGUACACACUGGCACCUGUGAUGGAGAACACAGUGUUUACUGGUUCAAAGACUCUGAAGAACCUCAUCCAGGACUCAUUUACACCCAUGGAGGCAGGAAUGAUCAGUGUGAGAGGAAACCCAACACACAAACACAGACCUGUUUCUAUAACUUGACAAUGAGGAGUCUGAAUGUGUCCCAUGCUGGGACCUACUACUGUGCUGUUGCCGCAUGUGGAAACAUACUGUUUGGAGAAGGAACCACGCUGGACUUUCAGGACGAGGUCAAAUCUCUUGUCUUGAUGUACUUCUUGAGUGGAGCACUGGCCUUCACCUCCGCCCUGGUUGUUUUACUGGCGUUUCUACUCUAUAAGAUGAGCAAAUGUAACAGCUUCAAGUCAGAGCCUCAAACAAAGUUUUCAGCUCCCUCUGCAGAGGCUGACCAUGACGUACACAACCUCCACUAUGUUGCUUUAAACAUUAACCUGCCCAACAGGUCAAAGAAACAGAGGAGCAGACAGAAUGAAUGUGUUUACUCCAGCGUCAAAUAGUAGGUUAAAUUUUUACACUGGCAGUGAGAUAAAAAAAAAAAUGUCUUCAGAUACAGAUGAUGACUCUUUUGAAGAUAACUUCACAUAUUGUGGAAAAUAUAAACCUUACUGGAUUUUUUAAUGUGUACAGUGUACAAUAUGACCUUUCAUUAAAAUAAUCUGCAACAGUAUGCUUUUGAAUACAACA